GCUUCGGAGUGAGAGUCUCAACCCAACCAUGGGCUCUGGCACUUAGGCAGCCCGGCACAGACAGAGCGAGAGAGCGCUGCAAAGAGAGGAAGAAAGGAAGAAAGAAGGGGGCUGUCUCGGGGACAAUUCUCUGAGCAGCAACUUUCACAGCCAAUGCAGCCUCUGGUACUAUGGAAACUAAACCUCUGACCAAUGGAAAUAAUGGUGGCUACAAUGUGGCAGGUCACUGAGGGGCAUGAGAGCCUUGUCGGAGGCCAGUGCUGUUGCUUGCCGGACCCAGUGCUGGUGACGGGGACAUGGGCCUCUUCCUCAGGGCUUCCAGCACGACCCAGCUCCACACAAGCCAGAGCCUCAGCCACCAACUGGUCCAGCACCACCCAGACACCAACGGCAGCAGCACGCAGAGGGACCCCGCCUCAGUGGGUCUCGCCCUUCUCUUCGGCGCUACCACUGACCUGCAGGCCAAGCACCGCAGCCGGAGACUAGCGCCACUAUGAGAGGUGUGGAGACGGAGGAGAGCCACCAUGUCAGUGCCACACCGACACCAGCGGGGGGAGAAGAACCAAGCCCGACCAAGACAAACGGCAGGGAGCAGGCAGAGACCCCGCCACAGGCCAAAGCUCAAAACCAGCUCCAACCCGAGAUUCAACCAGAGAGCUGCUGCCAAGACAAGAACGAAACUCAGCGGCAAACACCGGGACAGAUGGGAAAAAGGCCCAAGUCUAACUCAAAGUUAAAGUUAGUUCGGAGCCUGGCUGUUUGCGAAGAGUCCUCUCCUCCUCCCCCUAUUACCACUGAUCUGCCUCGAGAACACAAGGAUGAAGUUGAGAUCCAGGUCUCCCAGUCAUUUGACAAAGAGGAGGUGUCACCCAUCAAGGAUGAGGAGGACAAAGGUGUGGAGAAGCUGCUAGAGAAGACUGAGAGGAUGCCCAGGAAGAUGCUGUCCAGAGAUUCCAGUCAGGAGUACACAGAUUCUACCGGGAUCGAUAUCCAUGAAUUCUUAGUAAACACAUUGAAAAACAACCCCAGGGACAGAAUGAUGCUGCUGAAGUUGGAACAGGACAUUCUCGACUUUAUCAGUAAUAACGAAAGCCAGAAGAGAAAGUUCCCUCCAAUGACAUCCUACCACAGAAUGCUGCUGCACCGCGUCGCCGCCUACUUCGGCCUAGACCACAACGUCGACCAAACCGGGAAAUCUGUAAUCAUCAACAAAACUAGCAAUACAAGAAUACCUGAUCAAAAGUUUUCAGAACACAUCAAAGACGACAAAACUGACGACUUCCAAAAGCGCUACAUUCUCAAAAGGGACAACUCCGGCUCAGACAAAGAUGACAACAUGAUGCGGAUGCGGCUAAAGGACGACCGUAGGAGUAAGUCUAUAGAGGAACGAGAGGAGGAGUACCAGAGGGCCAGAGACAGGAUAUUUGCUCAAGAUGGUCCAGAUGGCUUGGCUCUUGAAAAAAGAAAACAGGAGGAUGAUGCUUGUAACAGUACACAGCAAAGGCGGCAAAUGUUUAGGUUAAAAGAUGGCCGCCCGGCCAACAGUCGCCAGAGCAGCUCUGAGAACGAACCCAAGUACUCUGACCCUCGGCCGUGGAGCAGCACAGACUCUGACAGCUCCAACCGUAACCUGAGGCCAGCCAUGACCAAGGCCAGCAGCUUCAGCGGGAUCUCUGUCCUCAUCAGGGGAGACAGCUCGAGCAGCAGCAAGAGCAUGGGUCGCCUCUCUAAGACUGGUUCACUAGAGUCUUCUAGUAGUGUAGGGUCCUCAACGGGUUCGCUCUCUCGCUCCCAGCUGCCCCUCACCGUCCCAGCUCUAACCCAGGCUGGCCACCCUCACAACCACGCCGUGCCCCCCUGCCCAGUGGCUUACCCAGCCACCUGCACUAGUAGUACUGUGACUUAUGAGGCGGGAGGCAGGAGCGGCCCGGUGCCGCCACCACUAGCAAAUGCAGCUAACACUAGCUACUAUUUGCUUCCCCUGGAAGCCACAGGGAUACCGCCAGGGAGUAUCCUGGUCAACCCACACACAGGCCAGCCCUUUGUGAACCCGGAUGGCAGUGCUGUGGUAUACAACCCCAACCACAGCAUGGCUCCUCAGCAUCAACAUCAUCAGCAUCAUAAUCAGCAGGGCAGGACCCAGCAGCCCAUGCUUCCUCCUCCACACCCUCCUGGCCGCCACCAACACCAGCCCACCAAUCACAACCACGUACUCUCACAGUCUGUUCUAUCCCUUCCUCAGCCGGUCCGGCCCCUCCAGCCUUCUGCUCAGCCUGUCCAGUACGCAUCUGUCUCUUACCCACCUCAGCUGCUCUCCGUCUGCCCUAACCAACAAUACACUGUGCAAAACAACCUGGGAGCCCAGUUCAGCCACAUGAGCUUGGCCCGGCAGGUCUCUGGAGAGGGACCAGGUCGGGACACCCACAUUGCCAUGUACCCCUCCUCCGCCGUGCUCCAGACCCCCCCUCAGCAGCAGGGCUACAUGGUGGCCCCUCCAGUCCAGCCCGUCCCGGCACCCCAGGCCUACAACACCCCCGCCCCUCCGCCUGUCAACCAGCCGGUCAUGCAGCAACAGGGCUACAUGCAGCAGCAGAUGCCAGCAUGUUACUGUGCGCCAGGCCAGUACCCCCUGUCCAACCAGCAGUACAGGCCUGUGGGCACAGUGCAGUUCAGCGCCCCACAGAGUCAGCCAAUGCCCCCGCCCACACAACAGACAGGUUACCAAACUGUGAUGCCAAAUCAGCCACAGAGCUAUCAGAGUAUGAUUGGAGUGCCACAGAGUCAGAACACUGUCAGUGGCCUGCAUAGCAAUAUGGGAAAUCAGAUGCAAGGCAUGAUGGUCCAGUAUCCCUCCAUGCCAUCUUAUCAGGUAUCCAUGCAGCCCCAAGGCUCCCAGGGUGUGCCACAGCAGACAUAUCAGCAGCCUAUCAUCAUCCCCAACCACAACCAGUCCAACCAGGGGCCCAUGCCUGGCUCUGGUGUCCAGGUCUACUACAGUGUUAUCACACCCAAUCAACAGAACACCAUGAGCUCCUCUGUUGGGUUCUUGCCUCCUCCUGGAUCAGAGCAGAUGCAGUUCCCUCGGCCGUCCUCCCCCUGCAGCUCCCAGCAGCCCCUCCAUCAGGCACAGCAGUGCUCAGGCGUUCCCCCUCCCCCAGGCGGUGGGAUGGUGAUGAUGCAGCUGACGUUGCCCCCCGGCCAGCAACCACGGCCUCACUCGCCCCCGCAGUGGAAACACAGCAAGUACUACAGUCUGGACCACACGAGAGGACAGAAGUCCACAGAGUUCUCCACCCUAGACACCUCACAGAGCAUUCCCCAGCUGGGCAGUCCCUCAACUUCCCCCGCCCAGUCGCCAACACCCUCCCACCCACACCACCUAACCAAUGUGAAGAGCAUCCGUCCAGGCCUCGCCCCCAUACCCAUGAUGCCCCAGUUCUCCAGACCCUUUAUGCCAGGGCAAGGAGAUGCGCGGUACCCGUUACUAGGGCAGGCCCUCCAGUACAACCCCCAGAUCCGUCCUCCUCUCCACGCUUCACCCAUGGUCCCCAACCAUCAGGUACACAUGGGGAUGCGGCACAGCGGUGGAGGGGGCAGAGGGAGGAAGCAGACAAGGAAAGCUCUGUCUACAGAUCUCAGUGUAGGUGAUCCAGUGAGUGGGCAAGUCCUGGAGGUGACUGACCUGCCGGGAGAGAUCAGCAGGACCGAGGCGGACUCUCUGCUAGGUGAGCUCUCCAGAGCCCGGGCUGUAGGGAGGGCUCCCAGAGCACCACAGCCUCCGAGAUUGGCAGUCGGGGGGCUAACGGUGUCCCCCACCCAAACCCACGGUCAAGCCCCUGCUGACCCAGCCUUCGUCUACACCAUCCUGGCCAUGUUCCCUUCCGGAUACACUGCGCAGGACUCCCUCCUCCACCACAAUGGCCCCCAAGCCUCCUUCAGACUCACUGUGAGCAGGGGCCACAGACACCCCCUGGAGAGGGCCAGCUCCCAGUAGAGGGUGCUAAGGACCCCUGGCUUGACCUUUCACCCCUCAUCAGCACCGCCAGUCACUUCCUGUUGCCAUCACUCCCCCCAGCCCCACUCCUCACUAAGUUGGCUUGUUGUUAAGGGUUGUUUUUCCACUAGAGACUUGCUUAGGGGGAUUGUGUUGUACUUUGUUAUGUUCUUACUAAAGAUUUGAUGAAAAGGAACAAAAGAGCGAAACGUAACACUGAUCCGACGUGAACAAACAUUUAAAAACCACAAUUAUUGAAGUUCCAAAUAUUAUAAACCCGUCUGCUCUCUGUUUUGAGAACCGGCCAGAACAUAUCAAAAGGGCAGUCUAUUUUUGUUUUAUUUUUUAAUUUGUUAUAUAGUUGUUGAAAUCUUGAGUCAGACCCAAAGCUCAUUAUUAUUCCCCAGCCCAGUUGCAGUGUCUGUCCUGGUUCCGUUUAACUCAACCAAAGCCUCCCCACACCCCAGGGUAGCUGAUUAUCGGCCACCCUGCCACCAGCCACUUGCCCCAUAUUGUGGCCAGUACAUCAUGGAGUAGCCCUUAGCUACACAAUGGGUCUCUUGUGCCUUUCUCUUGAGAGUCUACUGAUUUAUUCUCCAAGAAACACAAAAUGACACCCCAGUCAGUCUAUUGUUAAAUGAAAAGACCUGCACCUUGUAAAUAAUUUAUAUAGAAUUGGUAAUUAAAUAUCUCAAUCACUUGUCA